AUGGCAACAAGCGCACACACUGACAAGCCUCAACUUCCUCAGUGGGAGGUGGGCAACGAACCCAAGUUCAUUGCUGAAGUAGCUAAGCUGCUCAAGGACAGUAACGUACCUUGCAUCUUAAUCGGUCCGGCGUAUCAUCGAGUUCUCGGGAUCCGUGGUGGAAUUGAGACUGUCAGUUUUGCCAUUGACGGCAAUCAUCUCAAAAAGGCGCGAGAGGCCCUAGAGACAGCAGGGCUGUCACGUCAAUGUAAAGACGAAGGUACCUGCUGUUAUUCGCAACCCAGCUUCCGGUUCAGGGUCCCAAAGCCCAAUGGCCUAUUCCACAUUGAGAGAUUCCAGGAUGGGGAAAAGCACCCUGAAAUUGGGCAUAUCAGUCUCUACAAAAGGGAAAAGUGGCUGCCUCGGCUUUCUAGCAUACCCGUUAGCCCGCCUGAACCCGAUGAUCUAGACUAUAUCUUGGCAAGUGAUGAACGGCUGCCCUUCGCGUGCGAGGAGCAUCGUCGGGCGUGUCGCGAUAAUGACAAGGUCAAUGCUACUAAGUGUGUCUGUGACAAGGAAGGUGAGAAAUACACCUGCGGAAGAUACCCCAAGUCACUUCCUGGGGUUAUGAUCCUCCGGCCUGCCCGUCUUGUCGAGACAUGGGUGUUAGCUGAAGUCAACGAAUGGCUUCUAGAGUACCACCGGGACAUCGAACUCUGUGGAGACCAAGGGCGGUUCUGGGACGCCUUGUACUCUUUUCCAGAUUACAGCCUCUGGAAGUUUGACCAAUUCAAGACUGAAUUUCAGCUUUGGUGGAUGAUGCUGCGUCUUACUGUUGGAUACGUUCGGGGUGUAUCUGUGCCACAAUUGGACACGGAAGGUUGCCGCGACAGGGACGUCCCAGGAGAGGUGUUCCCUAGAGGAUUGUUCCCGGAAGAGGCCAUGCGGAGAGUGUGUUUCCCAGGAGAGGCCCUCCCCCCAGGCUUCUUCCCGGGGAACAUUCUUGAAUUGGAGAACCUUGAGGAUGAGGAUUCCACGGAGGACUCGGAUAGGACCUCUUCUGAAAUGAAACCCCAGAAAAAGGCUACUGCUGCAGACAUAUCGUUCAGAAGACGAAAGCAAUUGCGCAUCAUUCGGCAGGAUAUGCUAACUGCGCUUGCUCGCGGAAGUAUGAUGCAUCCUAUCAAGGGUGUCAGUCCUGUCUAG